AUGGAUUCCUUUCUUAAGAGGGCCAAUGAAAUACUGGAAGAGGUAAAGAAAUAUACCUCUGACAACCCGAAUGGAAAAUUUAGUGUGGUGGCCCACACACAAUAUAUUCUUAGUCAAUUUUCAAGUGUAAUUGCCCUUGCCGAAGCCGCCCUGUCUUCAAAUGACUACUUUAAAGAAAUUAACGACAAACUAUCUAACAUGAUCACAAAGGAAGAUUUUAAAAAUGAAGAUAAUACUGACAGUGUGGCUAACUCUCAUAAAGAAAUUCUAGAACAAUUGAAGAAGAUGGAUACUCGAUCUGAACCUAAGACAAUAUUUCCAACAUACAGUGAUAUAGUGAAAUCUGGAGGGAGCGUAGAUACUAAUAGAGCCCUUCUAAAACAAAGAAAACCAAAUGAAGUUGUGUUGGUGUAUGGAAAGGAAAAAGGAACUUUGACAAGUGAUGCAGUGAGGAAAACGAUUCAGGAAAAGCUUAAGCCAUCAACUAUGAAGAUAGGAGUGGAAAGAAUCAGGAAAAUUGCCGAUGGAGGGGUGGCCAUUGAGUUGUGUAAUAACGGGGAUGCUGCAACCAUGGAGGAACAAAUUGUCACAAAGGUACCUGAACUAGUUACAAAGAGACCUAGGAAGAGAUGGCCCUUCUUAGUCAUUUAUUCGGUGAGUUCGGAUAUAAAUAAAGAGGAUCUGGUAUCGCUGGUAUUCCAGCAAAACGAAGAAAUUGGAGAUAUAAUGAGUGAAGAAGAGUUUCAAAAACAGUUUCGAGUUAAGUUUAUUAUAGGGAAAAAAGGUCUUCCAUUCCAGAACUGGACUGUGGAGGUCUCUCCAGUACUAAGAAAAGUACUUUUGCAACAGGCAAAAAUUAAUAUAGAAUGGUCGCGCUGUAGGGUCGCGGACUUUUGCCCGAUCCUACAGUGCUUCCGGUGCAAUGAGUUUAACCAUACUGCGAAAGAAUGCCCACACAGUGAACCAACUUGUAGUCACUGUUCCGAGGCUCAUCUUUAUAAAGAAUGCCCAAAUAAGGACAGAGAGCCAACAUGUAAUAAUUGUAAACGACAGAAGGGAAACAAUCAUCACCAUAAUGCAAGGGAUACUACAUGUCCUAUCUAUACUCGGAUAAAAAACAAUGUUACUUCCAGAACAGACUAUGGACCUUGUUAA